UAUUAUAAGGAUAAUAAUAAUUACUGUAACUGGAAAUUUGAAAGGCGCCCAUGCUAUUACCUAUUGGACAAGAGAUGUCAUUGACUUCCUUGUGUGUGUGUGUGUGUGUGUGUGUGUGUGUGUGUGUGUGUGUGUGUGUGUGUGUGUGUGUGUGUGUGUGUUUGUGUGUGUGUGUGAGGCAGUUGUUCUUAGACAGACAGACAGACAGACAGACAGACAGACAGACAGACAGACAGAUAGAUAGAUAGAUAGAUAGAUAGAUAGAUAGAUAGAUAGAUAGAUAGAUAGAUAGAUAGAUAGAUAGAUAGAUGUGGUUUUAAUGUUAUGGCUGAUCGGCGUAAGAAUGAGCAAGCACUGAGGAGCACGUGAGCGGGUGAGGGCUCGCGGCGUUGGUUGCUAUUGGUAACAGGUAAACAGGAAGAGAGAUCAGAGGCGCGUGUACACAAAUCUAGAGAAAUAAAUAUGAGUUUGUGUGAAUAUAAAGAUCUGGAGCGCUUUCUGGAGAACGUGGAUCACAUAAGUGAUCUGAUGAAGGAGCUGAACUCCAGUGAUGAGUCCACUCAGGAGAAAGCUCUGGAGAAAGCAGAUCAGUUUAUUUCUUCUCUGGAAGAAAAUGAAACCUGUAGAACUCGGCUAAGCAGGACCGUCAUAAAUAAAAGCCCCUCCAGAGAGAGCAGACCAACGAAUGCCUCGGAUGAACCCAGACAAAGUCCAGAGAACUUCAUGAAAGCUUUAGAAGAAGAUGCAGAUGAGAGACGAAAGAGAAGACAGGUGAAAGAGGAGCUUGCGAAAGCCCUGAAAGAGAAAGGAAAUAAAGCUUUCGCUCAGGGUGAAUAUGAAGUAGCUGUCAAGUUUUACACUGAAGGUCUAGAGCAGCUUCGUGACAUGCAGGCCCUCUACACAAACAGAGCCCAGGCCCUUAUCAAGCUUGAGAAGUAUAAGGAGGCCAUAAGUGACUGCGAGUGGGCCCUGAAGUGCAGUGAUAAGUGCAUUAAAGCACAUGUUCACAUGGGACGAGCACAUCUGGCUCUGAAGAAUUUUACUGAGUCCAGGAUCUGCUUUGAAAAGAUACUGGAUAUAGAGCCAGAGCGUGGAGUGAUGGUGAAAGAUUAUCUCUCACGAGUAGAUCAGGAGCAGAAGAAGGUCCUUGAGGAAAAGACUGUAAGAGAUAAGUUGAUAGAGGGUAAAGAAGGGAUCACAACAGUACCUGACUUGCUGAUAAAGCUGGACAGACCCAACCAGAGCGUUUUCUACUACUGCGGGGGAGUGCAGCUCCUCUCAGAGGCUAUCAAAGACAGUACCGGACAGACGUUAUUCCGCUUAAACAAUGGCUUCAGUGUCAUCUCCGGCAAUAACGCUGUAAGGAGCUCUCUCACACAGACUUCUAAAGAGCAGAACAGCGAGGAGCUGUGUGUCUCUGUGCUCAGACUGUGGAGAGCGGUUUGCUGUGGAAAUGAGGAGAAUCAGCAGCUAUUACUGCAGUGCUCCAGCAGAAGAGAACAGAUUGUCCAGUUGUUGGACUCGGCAGCAUCAGCUGCUCUCCGGCAGGCAUGCCUACAUUUACUCUGCUUGUUCUGUGAGACUCAGUAUGGGCGAGGCAUAGUGACUGAAAACCUCGAUCUGCACAGGAUGGUGAAAAACAUGAUGGAUUGCUUCUGCAGGAACAUCAUGUCAGGAACUACGGCUCUGGCUGUUCUGGAGAAGUUGGCUGGAGAGAAUAAGUUUCGAGUUCAAUUCAGAGAGAAGUUUGCCGAUGUUUUCGCUGCACCCUUUGAGCAUUUGCUGGGAAAUAUAUCGGUAUCCAGCCUAGAUCUGCUCCCCUCCCUGAUAUCUGUGAUUGGGGCGAUGUGUCGGGAUGAAGUGAUCAGCAGAAAGCUGGGAAGCCGAGAAGAAUUUUGGAGGAAGUCCUUCAGUGCCGUGGGACGUUGUGCUGACUGUGAAUACAGACGCGUUCUCUAUCCCCUCCUGGGCCUGAUGAUCAACGUAUCCCAUAAUCCUGCUCCUGUCAUCCGAGAGCAUGCUGUGGAGAUCUGCAGCAGGUGUGUGGUGCUGCUGAGUGAUGCUGAUGGAGGCAUCAUCACGAGAGCUGCUGGGUUACUGAGUAAAAUCCUUCCUAAAUCAGCUGCUGCCGUUCAGGAAGUGGUGCAGCAGGGAGUGGUGAAGAGACUGCUGAAGAUUCUGAAGGGAGCGGGACAGAUAAGCUCGAGAUACUCCAUUACAGCCCUGGCAGCGUGCACCGCCUCCAGCCUGCAGGCCUCUGAAGAGCUGGUUAAGUUUGACAAGAGGCUGGUGACUGUGAGGAUGCUCCUGGGCAGCAGUGAUGAGGUGGUGGUGGGGAAUGCGGCGCUGUGUCUGGGACACUGUUCGGCUGUGCCGGGAGCCGCCGCCGGUCUCCUCGGCUCAGACUGCGUGCUGCUGCUGCUGCGCCGCGCCGCCGGCGACGCAGAGAGAGCAGCCGUGCAGCAGAACGCAGCUAUCACUCUGGGGAAGAUCUGCAGAGCCGAGCCCAGGCACAUGUUAAAACUCAGAGAGCUUCACUGUCUGGAGAUCCUUCACUCCUGUAUGAAAGUGAUCACGUGAGCCCCUCGCACGUUCACGCAGGUGCUGCCCUGAGAUUCACAACCAGACUGAUCUUCAGAGAUAAGCCUCAGCUACUCAAGGCCGGUCUUUAUUACGCCGCCGGUUCCUGUGUUGGUUUUAAUUAGGAGGGCUGGAUGCGGGUGCAGUAGAUUACACGCUGCCCAAGGACAAAUCAUGUUUCAAUUUCCUUUCAUCCUGAAUUACUGACUUGUUGCACGUCUGUAUGGUUUGAUUGCAUUUUCCUCUGUUUGUUGUGAAAUGGGGGGAUAAUGGAGAUUGUUUUCAGAUUUAAUGAUGAAUAAAAGUGUUUAUUAUAAUGAAACAGAAAAGCCUGGUAGUUUUUGCACACCGGUGAACAAUUAUAAGCUUGUAUUUGAUGAAGUACGGACAUUACAUAGGCCUAUCUAAUCUAGCAGAUAUAACACACUUUAAUACAGUUUAUUACUGUUCUUUACUUAAACCAGGGGUGUCCAAACUUUUUUUGUUGGGGCCAGAAGGAGAAAUAUAUUUGAAGUCACGGGCCACAGACUCUGUAAUAAAACAAAUAAUGAAAUAUACCACUUUAAAUAAUACAUUUUUCCUGAUUAUUUCAUUUACACACCAUUUUACUUGACUUACUAUCUUUAUCUUUGGCAGUGUUGUGUAAACUAAGAUUUUUCAAAUUGAUGUUUCAUUUCAUGAUGUCUCUUAAUAUUAAACUCCUUAAUUACGGCAACUUUUAGACUCUUUGGCCCGUUUUUUUUUCGCUAGAAAUGCGCACCCUCUCCACUUUUAGACUCUUUGGCCGUU